UGCUUGAUCCAUUCAAAAUCCGACCCGGUUCUAGGCGUAGUCCAUAUAUAGCUAGCUAGUAGCUAUGUGGAUUGCUAGUUUCUAUUGAGAAUUCACUGUAUAAUAAUAACCCAUGAAAAACUCCAACCAUAGAGAAAUCACCCUCAUAUUAGAAACCUCCCCGCCGAAAUCUCCCGCCACAUUCAAACAACUCCACGCCCUGUUCGUCACCUCCGGCCUCGCCCUCCACACCUACCCUCUGAGCCGCCUCCUCCGCGGCCUCGCCGCGUUCCCGCCGCUCCACUCUCACGCCGCUGCCGUCCUCCGCCACGCCCCUCCCCCUUCCUCCCCCUUCCUCUCCAACACCCUCACCUCCUCCCUCGCCGCCCGCGGCCACACCCUCCUCGCCCUUUCUCUCUAUUCCCUCCUCCUUUCCCCAUUCUCCUCCCCCAAACCGAACAACCACACCUACCCUUCCCUCCUCAAGGCCUGCGCCGCCUCGCCGCCGUCGGCCCGGCACGGCCGCUCUCUCCACGCCCAUCUGAUCAAAUUCCUCGGAGACGACGGCGUCGACUCCUUCGUCCGCGCCGCUCUCGUCAAUUUCUACUCCAAGUGCGGAAGGAUUGCUGCCUGCCGGUAUAUAUUCGACCAAAUACCGGAUCCAGAUCUGCCCACUUGGAACUCCAUUUUGUCGGCUUAUGCGCGGCGGCGCUCUAAUUAUCUCGGCUGCGCUGAUUCUGCUGCCGAGGCAUUGGCUCUUUUCGAAAAAUUACAGUUUUCGUCAAUCAGGCCGAACGAGAUCACGCUCGUGGCUUUGAUCGGCGCUUGCGGUGAUUUCGGGGCUCUUUGCGACGGCGCGUGGGCGCAUGCGUAUGUCGUGAGGAACAAUUUGGUGUUGAAUCGCUUCGUGGGCACGGCUCUGAUCGAGAUGUACGCAAAGUGCGGUCGUCUCGAUCUCGCCCAUCAAGUGUUCGAUGCUUUGCCUCAGAGGGACACGCUUUGCUACAAUGCGAUGAUUCGCGGGCUCGCAAUCCACGGCCACGGCCGUCGCGCUCUUACCUUGUUCGAUAAGAUGAGGUUCGACGGCACAGAAGUUGAUGAUGUUACGAUGGUGGCUGUACUGUGCGCGUGCGCUCACGCCGGAUUGGUCGCGGAGGGCCGCAAUUGCUUUACUACAAUGGAGGUGGAUUUUGGGAUCACGCCGAGGAUCGAACACUUUGGGUGCUUAGUGGACCUCUUAGGCCGAGCAGGGCUGGUUGAAGAAGCCGAAGACGUGCUUCGGAGAAUGAGCAUGAAGCCGAACGCAGCAAUGUACAGAUCUUUGAUACGAGCAUGCAGGAUUCAUAACGAAACAGAGAUCGGGGAGAGACUAAUCCGAAAACUAAUCCAACUCGAGCCCGAACACGGAGGCAACUACGUGCUGUCAUCGAACCUGUACGCGGAUAUCAAUCAAUGGGACGGUGUUGAUAGGGUGAGGAAGGCAAUGAAGGCAAAGGGCAUCGACAAAACCCCUGGCUCCAGCACUGUCGAGAUCGGCGGAGUUACGCACGAGUUCUUGUUGGGAGACCGGAGGCAUCCGCUGUCGAAGGAGGUCUAUUCCAUGCUCGAUGAGAUCGAGAGGAGACUGCUCCAGCAUGGGCACAGUCCGAGAACAAAGGAAGUGCUGUUCGACGUCGAGGAGGAGGACAAGGAGGACGCGCUGACGUGCCAUAGCGAGAGGCUCGCGAUUGCAUUUGCUCUUCUUUCGUCCGAGAAAGGGGCUACCAUCAGAAUCAUAAAGAAUCUGAGGGUUUGCGGUGAUUGUCACGCGAGUUCGAAGCUCAUUUCUCGGAUCUACGAGAGGGAGAUCAUCAUGCGAGAUCGGAGCCGGUUCCAUCAUUUCAGAGAUGGGGUGUGCUCUUGCUCAGACUACUGGUAGAGAUUCUAACAACACAAAAGUGUAAACUAAAUAGCAAAUUGAUAAUGGCUAAGGAUUGAUAAGUGUAAACUCUUUAAAUCAAUCCCUGUUUUAGAUUGGUUUAUUUGUAAGCAAACUGCAUCUGCUCCAGUUCUCGCUUGCCAGGUUUAUGUUUCUUUUGAAGUGUUUGUUGGUUCAGAAGGGCCAGCAUUCUGUUCUGCGGCGGAAGGUCAGGUUGAACUGAGUUAAGUUCGAAAUGGUGGAAGGCCGAGUUGUGCCGAGUUAUGUUCGAAGUGGCGUGAGGCUGAUUGAGCUGAGUCACAAUCAAAAUGUGUAGGCGCUGUAUUUGUAUGCCUUAAGUAA